AUGACCACCUCAAUAACCACCCUACUUCAGGCAUUGCGCAUUGUACCGGAAAAGAAGUCGCAACAAAAACCGUCACUUAAAACCCUCAACGAACGGCGGACUUCACUUCCAGAAAUCUCUUUGGAUGCUGUGGCGCAACACGAUGAUUAUUCUGAUUGUUGGGUUGUAAUCUAUGAUCGCGUUUACGAUGUCACCACUUUCCUACAAGAUCAUCCCGGUGGUGCUGAUGUUAUAAUGGAUUAUGCUGGACGUGAUGCUACAUUGGCCUUCCAUGGCACGGGACAUUCACGUGAUGCCAUUGAACAAAUGCGUGAUUAUUUAAUUGGUGAAUUACCCGAAAAGGAGAGAAUUUUUCGUACGGCAAAUAGUCAAGUUAUUAAAUCUGGUAUACCGGAAUAA